AUGGAAAGCCCUGCAGGAGAAGGAGAAGCCUUCCAGCUCUUCAAGGAGCUUCCAGAAGAUGCAAAGGAUAGGAGGAAAUCAAAUCUCGUAUGGGAUGAGCUGGGCGUUGCCGUUACUGAUUUUCGAGAUACCUUCCAAAGCUGUCAUCUGCAUAGCCAUGGCUUUAUAUCCCGUUACCUUCCAGGGUUUCCGGAUCUGGGAGCAGAGAAAGAGAUUCCAGAGAAUUAUCUACCGGUGGUGAAGAAACUGCUAGAGAACGAGCUAGAAGGUGUCGGAACGGUGUUUAUCUUCGACGAGAGAGAGCUAUAUCCAGCCACAUACUCAAUCCAGCAGGCUCUGAUCACUCUCGAAGCUCCGAGCCAGGGGCCACCACCUACAUCAGAGAAAAUAGGCUUCAGCGACAAAACUCAUUUGUUCUUCCCAGUAACUAUGCGCGCUCGGACACCGAUCCCAUUUCCGUUAUCCGGAGGAUCCUGA